UUUUAUAUGAUAAACUUCAGUCGGCCACUGACAGCCGUUAGUGGCACAUGUGUUAAUUAAAUCGGCUGUGUUUUUUCAAACAUGGGUGUGAUAACGUAUAUAAAACGAAUUGCUAUAGCAAAUGCAUUGACGCUGUAUUAUACUGCAGCUAUUCUUUUCUAUAUGUUGGUGACGUAUUUGAAGAACCCCUUCAGAAAUCCAUGGGCUAAUAAGCAAAGGCUGGUACCACCGGCUAGAUUGUCUGAUCCAAAGUACGGUGUUCAUAAAUAUAUUAAAGUUAACAAUGUGAAGCUUCAUUAUGUAGAGAACGGAGAUCCAACAAAACCUUUAAUGGUAUUUUUGCAUGGAUUCCCUGAAUUUUGGUAUUCAUGGCGGUAUCAAAUGCUGGAAUUUAAAAAAGAUUAUUGGUGUAUAGCAGUUGACAUGAGAGGCUACGGGGAUUCUGAAAGACCAGAAGGUGUCUCUUCUUAUAAUAUCCAGACAAUGGCGGAAGAUAUACGGGAUCUCCUUCGCCAAUUAGGUCGAGAGAAGUUCAUUUUGGUUUCUCACGACUGGGGUGGCAUAGUAGCAACCAGAUUUCGAGAUAACUAUCCUGAAACCCUACAAGCACUCGUUGUAUUGAGUAGUACAGCUCAUGAGGCAUGGCUUGAUGCUAUAUGGAAUGAUGAUGAACAACGAAAGUUGUCUUGGUAUGUUUUCUUGUACCGUAUGAGAGUGAUUCCAGAACUAAUGAUACAAAUGAAUAAUUUAGAAUUGCUGGAUAAGGUGAUGAUUGUUGAAGGAAAGCCGAGUGUUGAUAAAGAAGAUUUGGAAUGCUACAAAUAUUGGUUUGGCAAACAAUAUGCUCUAACACCCCCGAUCAAUUACUACAGAGAUGCUAUUGAUUACAUUGAUGUUGAAUUAAAGAGACAUGAUGAAAAUGUUCCUUUCUUAUUUGCACAUGGGACAAAUGAACUUUACUUAGGUAAAAAAAUAAUGGAAACCAUGAAGAAACUCUACAAAACAAUUGAAACAACUAAAGUUCAAGAUAGUGGCCAUUUUAUGCAGCAAGAAGACCCGGAAAAAGUAAACAGACUCAUUAGAACGUUUUUGCAAAAGCAAAAUCUGUAAUUAAGUUGGUUUAUGAAAAUAUUUUUUCAUUAUUUUCUGUUUAAUAUUAUUAAUAGUAAAUAAACUAAAUUUUUAUAUAUUGUUAUAAUAAAUUCUAGUUUUAAUUUUUCGAGGAUUAAGGAUAAUGAUACCAUUACGCCUAAGGAUAAUAGUAUCAUUAUCAUUAGGCAUAAACCACUAUUUUUAGAAAUAUAUUUAAGAAAUAUCAUCAAAAAUAUUCAAAAGACUAUUUAAUCUACUUAUUUCGUUAUUUCCAAUAACAUCCGUUAUGAUUUCAAUAUAUUUGCCAAAUAAAUUUAAACUAAAUCUAUUUAUCCAAUAAACAAUAAAUAAGGGUCAUACGAUAAUAGUAGUCAGUUAAUA